CGCGGGGAUGGAGGGCAUCCGGGCUGUGUGUGUGUGAGAGAUGGGCGAAGAUGACGUGUGAAACUUGAUCUCCCCGCGGGCUGCCGCGGGACUCAGCCUGGCGAUAAAAGGCUGCGGGGCGGCCGGAGGCGGCUCAGAGAGCAGCGGGAAGCGAUGCCGGCCCCGCAGCGCUGCGCCCGGGGGUAGCUGCGUUGUGCCGGGGCUCCAGGGGGGGGGGGCUGCGUGCGCCCCGUGCCCGCGCCAUGCGUGCGCUCAGCUUCGUGGCGUUGGCAGCGCUGUGCACAGCCGCAUCCCAGCGUAGGGCGCUGGACGUGGGCAACCGCCGGCGUUGGCACCGCGUGCAACACGGGCAUUGCAGCUACACCUUCGUGCUGCCCGAGGCCGAGCCGUCGCCGUGCCCGCUCGCCGUCCCCGGUCCCGUCAACGCGCUGCAGCGGGAUUCGCCGUCCGGCAGUGGACAAGCCGCCCGCGGGGCUACCCAGCGCCUGCAGCACCUGGAGAGGAUCCUGGAGAACAGCACGCAGUGGUUGCUGAAGUUGGAGAGCUCCAUCCAGAACAGCAUGAAGCCGGAGAUGGCGCGGCUGCGGCAGACGGCGGUGCGGAACCACACGGCCACCAUGCUGGAGAUCGGCAGCUCCCUGCUGAACCGCAGCGCUGAGCAGAGCCGCAAGCUCACCGACGUGGAGGCACAGGUGCUGAACCAGACGUCACGCAUCGAGAUGCAGCUGCUGGAGAACUCCCUGUCCACCACCAAGCUGGAGAAGCAGCUGCUGGUGCAGACAAACGAGAUCCACCAGCUGCAGAGCAGGAACAACAUCCUGGAGGUGCGGGUGCUGGAUAUGGAGGCAAAGCACCAGGCGGAGCUGGCAGGGAUCCGCUCAGAGAAGGAGAGGCUGCAGCACCUGCUGAGCAGGCAGAGCGGCACCAUCGAGGAGCUGGAGAAGUCUCUGCUGGCAGCCAGUGCCAACGCCAGCCUGCUGCAGCGACAGCAGCUGCAGCUCCUGGAGUCAGUGCAGAGCCUGGUGCGCCUCGUGGCAGAGGGUAGAGCCCUGCUGCCUGGUGAGGAGCAGCGUUUCCAGGACUGCACCGAGGUGCUGCGGGCCGGCAGCCGUGCCAGCGGUGUGUACACCCUGCACAUCACCAACAUGAGCCAGCCCAGGAAGGUGUUCUGUGACAUGGAGACAGACGGCGGUGGCUGGACGGUCAUCCAGCUCCGCAUCAACGGCAGCGUCAGCUUCCAGCGGGGCUGGAGGGAGUACAAGCAGGGCUUUGGGGAUGCGGCGGGCGAGCACUGGCUGGGCAAUGAAGCCGUGCACCUCCUGACGAACCGGGAGCCCUACGUGCUGCGUGUGGAGCUGCGGGAUUGGGAGGGCAGCCAGGUCUAUGCCCACUAUGGCAGGUUUCAGCUGGACAGCGAGCGGCUGCUCUACAGGCUCUCCCUGCAGGACUACAGCGGCACAGCAGGGCAGCAGAGCGGCUUGGCCAUGCAGGGCACCAACUUCAGCACCCGCGAUGCUGACAACGACAACUGCCUCUGCAAGUGUGCCCAGAUGCUGUCAGGAGGGUGGUGGUUCGACGCCUGCGGGCUCUCCAACCUGAAUGGCAUCUACUACCCGGCACGGCACAACAUCCGCAAGCUGAACGGCAUCCGCUGGCACUACUUCCAGGGGCCCAGCUACUCGCUGAAGGGCACCCGCAUGCUGAUACGGCCCGCGGGCUUUUAGCUGGCCGGAGCGGCGCAGCAGCAGGAGGACGGAGCCCCUGGAGAGCUUCCCCCCAUUAUCUUUUUCUCACUCCUGUUUUCUCUUAGAUCUUGGAGCUGACUCUGAGCCAGCCCCACUCCUGCAAGCUGCAGCGCGUGGAUCCCAUUCCCUCCUGGUUUCUCCCUAUUUCCCCCAUGUCUGUGGGGCUCCGGGCUCCGUGCUGUGCCGGAGUGUGCAUCUGGGACCACCAGACCUCCUGCAUGAGACAUACAGGGUCAGGCAGACCAUAUUUUGCCUUUUCUAUAUAUUUUAGGGCACUGCCCUAAUCUCCCCAUUGCUUUGCUUUUCCUGCAGGAUGAGCAGAACCGGUGUGUGAGCGCAUGGCAUCCCUCCUCCCUGCACGGUCAUUAAGGGGGACACAGCUGUCCCCUCCUGCAUGCACUCUACCCAUGCAAGGGGAUCACUGGCUGUGCACAUCCCGAUGGGACAGGGACAGUACGAAGGGACGGAGGUGCCACCAGAGGCAGGGGGCUGGGUGCCAGCACACAGGGGUGGUGAUGGGGGUAGCAUGUGGUGAUGGGGCUGUGGUUUGAGGUGAGGCAUAGGGAGCUGAGGAUGAUGAGGGAGCUUGGAGCUGGGGACGAAGGUGCUGGUGGGGCUGACAGGCCAUUUGUUUUAUUGGCAUGGAGAAUCCAGACUUGGACCCAGGCACAUUUGGUGACAGCCUGGAGAAUGUGGGGCAAAGCUCAGUAGUGUUUCCUUCUGCUGAGAAAAGCCCCCACACCCACCCAUGUCUUGGAUCUUGGCAUGGGAACCCCUUUUAUUUUUGUAUUGAGAGAUAUUUAUUGGCCAAGAGCUGCACCAGGCAGCACUCAGCCCUGCCCUGAGACCCCCAUGCACAGCUCCCACCUUUGCCAAGUGCUCUGGCAGUGGUGGAGAUGGGAGCUGUGGCUGUGGGCUCACUACUGGGGACAGCAGCAGCACUGCCUCAGCCCCAGGGAUGCAGUGUGUAUGAUCUCCACAUAAAGGACCUUCCAGCAGUCUCCCUGCUACAUCUGCAUCAUUCAGGGGGGUGCAGCCCCAUCCUGACCCGCUGAGCACUGACUGAGCUCAGAGCACAGAUGAGGGCUCGGUGACACCCGGCUCCACAGCGCUUCCCAUCUUAUCAUGGGCCACCCCUGUCCCCCUCGACUCUAUUGCCACUAGAGGUCCCCCACAGCCUGGUGACGUUGCACAGCAUCCCCAUCCAUGGGGGACAGGAGCAUUGUGCCCUGGUGGACCCCCAGCAGAUUCUGGGGACCAGCAGUGGUAGCAGCUCUGCCACAGGCCAUGAGCCACACAUCCACCCCCUCACUGACCCUACAGCACCCAUCCCUCAAACACACCCCACAGACCUGCUUCUUCCCCUCCCCCAUUCAUAAGGCAUUUGCUAAUUAACACUGAUUAAAACAUGCGAUGCAGCUGG